AAGACCCCCCACAUCACCGUCCAAAACCAAGAGAAAAGACAAAGGCAGAGAGAGAAAAUGUAUGAAGAGACUCAGUACUAUGAUCCUCAUGAUCCUCAGGAGAUGCCAGGAACAGAAUCAGUCGAUAUUCCUUCUCAGACUGUUACAAACUGCUCAGGCUUAACACCACUCAUAAGCAGCUUACAAGCGAGCCUGAGGCUCUCCAGUUCCUCCACCUCUGAGGACAUGCCAGACCACCACAAUCCCUCCGGCGAUACCAGCGCCUCUCCGGUUGCUGCCUCCAUAGGAAUUGACCUCCAACAGCAGCUCGGCUUCGAGUUGGAACACGAACUCAACAACCAGCUGAUACAAGACUUGCUCCACGACCCCACCCCGGAGCCGUUCAAACAGCCCAAUUGGGACGCUGAGGAGCAGGAGAUGCAAGAUUUGAGUUACCAGAAUGAGCAGCCACUGCUACAACAAUAUCACCAAAUUCAUGACCAAGAGGUCCAAUACCAACAGCAGCAGCAGCAGAUAGAUCUACAGCAUAAUGUCCACUGUUUCAAUCCUCCCUUCGGCCAUCCGCCAUACACUACCACGCCGGACCUUCUCAACCUUCUACAGUUACCCAGUUGCACGGUAUCCUCUCUGCUCCCCAAUUCAUCAUCCAUCUCCUUCACGAACAGCAGCAAGAAGCGUCCUAAUUAUCAGAAUUCAUUGGACAUUUUCGGGGAACUGCCAGUUGCAGACAACACGGCGGUAACGACGGGCUUCUAUGACCACCCACCAUUUCAUUUGAAUCUACCUCCACAGCCCCCAGUGUUUAGAGAGCUGUUUCAUUCAUUGCCACAGAACUAUAGCUUUCCUGGAUCAAGGAACGAUUCUUUCUUUGGUGGAUUGGGUGAGAGAGAGGUUGCUGGUGGCGUUUAUCAGGAUGGGGAUGGGAGGCAAUUUGAGAACCCAGUAUUGGACUUCAGGAGAGAGAUGAGUUGCUUAGGUAACGGAGGAGAAGCGAAGGGAGCUAAUCACUUUGCCACUGAGAGGCAAAGGAGAGAACAAUUGAAUGAGAAAUUUAAGGCUUUGAGGCUCCUAGUUCCAAACCCUACAAAGGCUGAUAGAGCCUCCAUAGUGGGAGAUGCAAUUGACUACAUCAAAGAGCUGCUCAGAACGGUGGAUGAGCUCAAGGUAUUAGUGGAUAAGAAGAGAAGUGGGAGACGGGGGAACAAGAAGCUAAAGACUGAGAAUGAGGGAGCUGGUGACAUGGAGAGCUCUUCGGUGAAGCCACUUGGUACAGUCACUGAUAAGGAGCAGUCCUUCAAUGGAUCAUUAAGGAGCUCUUGGCUCCAAAGGAAAUCUAAAGAUACUGAAGUUGAUGUUCGUAUCAUUGAUGAUGAGGUGACUAUCAAGCUAAUACAGCGAAAGAGGAUGAAUUGUUUGCUUUUUGUGUCGAAGACACUGGACGAGCUCCAGUUGGACCUCCUCCAUGUUGCCGGCGGGAACAUUGGAGAUUAUUACAGUUUUUUGUUCAAUACCAAGAUAUAUGAAGGCUCUUCUGUGUACGCCAGUGCAAUAGCUAAGAAACUCAUUGAGGUGGUGGAUAGACAGUAUGCAGCUCUCCCUCCUGGUAGCUUUUAGAAUUUGAGAGUUCAAAGAAUGAGUUUAGUUGUUUCUCAUUUAAAUUACUGAAAAUGAAGGUAGUGGAGGCAAGAAAGGAAGAUAUAUAAACAGAAAUAAGUUGGUGUGGAAGGACAUUCUAGCAGUGUUUUGCUAUUUCUUCAUGUUUUUCUUGUUUUUUCUAUUGCUAUUUUUCAAGUUUAAUGCAAGGAUUUGG